AAAUGAGGGCUACGUUAAGGAUACUUUUGCUCCAAGUGUUCAUCUGUUGGACUAGAGCUGCUGAAUACCAGUUAGUUCUGGACGAAGACGGCUUUUUAGCUCCAUGCGAGGAUCAACAGGGAAGUCCUUUCAACAUGGAUAGCCUCUUGGACAUGUCCACUCCUAAAGUAAUCAAUGCAGGAAACAAAAUUUCGAUAGAGGGCGAACACGCUGUCAUCUGGAAAGACGUUCAGCCUGGGGACACAGUGAAGUUUUUUGGGCAAGUCUAUCGCCAGGAUAAGGACUCCUGGCAAAAGACAAUGUUCUCCAGCAACAGCAAUAAUUUUUGCCACAGCAUGUUCGACAAGAACGCAUAUUGGUUUAAAUUCUGGACUCAGUACAUAUCAAAUUCCGAUGAAAUUCGGAAGAAGUGCUUAAACACUCCGGGCGCCGUCUUGAAAUAUAAAAACUUCGAACUGAAUUUCAAGGCCAAUUUGAAUGUACCUAAUCUGGAGGGGCGCUACAAGAUUGUCAUGCAGCUCGAGGCGUUCGAUAAGCACAAUAUUAAGCGCCCAGUGUCCAUUUGCACGGAAUUCCGCGGCACCGUUUCGAAGGCCUAAUCGCGACCAUUAUAUAUGCAUGCUGCACUACAGCGAAACACCAUUAAAGUUUAUAAUAGAGCAAUCACAA